GGAUUACCAGAUUCGGAUCAAGAUCCGCACUCCGCCUCCCCGCCACUAUAAGUGUUGCCACAAAUCCCUAUCAUAUCUAUCUCCCCGCACCUGGUACGUGUCACCGUGUACAAUGGGCGUCAGUAUUGAGACAAUCAUUCCUGGUGACGGUAAAACGUUCCCCAAACGGGGUGACUCGGUCACGAUUCACUACGUGGGCACACUAGACAAUGGAACCGUGUUUGAUUCGAGCAGAGAUCGCAAAGACCCCUUCGUGACACAAAUAGGCGUCGGGAAGGUGAUCAAGGGAUGGGAUGAAGGCGUGCCGCAACUAUCGCUCGGCCAGAAGGCCAUCCUCACAGCCUCUUCUGAUUACGUGGGUGAAUAUUUCAUGAAGAUCGAGUUCCGGUCUGACAUCAUUUCAGGCGUACGGUUCACGCGGAUUUCCACCCGUCAUUCCACCGCACUCGACCUUGAAAUUUGAGGUUGAAUUGUUGAAGAUCAAUUAAUGACUUUUAAAUGACGCGGCGUGUAUGUUGGGAGCGAGUUUACUGUCAGCAUUUGUGACUGUCUUUCUGUACCAAUCCACUCAAUUGUAUGUUCAUGCAUUUUGACAUUUCCACUGCGAAAUUGCGAGGCGGUCCAGGAUCUUUGGUAUGGUGAUUGCGAUCAUAGUAUCAUUUGCUUUGAUUGUACUCCCCUAUCAAACGCAACAAUUCCUCAUAUUGGGCUUCUCGUUGCGCCCGGUGCUCUUCGGCGAAAGCCCCGAUAGCAGCCAGCGACUCGUGAUGAACUUGCCGAGAUGCUUCUAGGAGAACUUCCAUCGACGUAUCUGAUGUCCUAUUCUCGCGCGAA